AUGAGAUUGACCAACACCAUUCUCGCUGCCCUCCAGGCAUCGAUGGGCUUGGCCUUCGUCGUUCCCAAUGAUGCUAUCAAGAAGGCCAUGACACAGCACAAGCACGAUGAUGCCGACCUCAUUGAGAACAAGUUUCAUGGCUAUGAACGGAUCACCAAGAUCACUUCACACCGAUACUUUGGACCCAAGGACCACAAGCAUCAUCAUGAAGAGAAGAAGCAUGACGGUGGCGACGACGACGACGAAACCGAUGAUGAUGACGAUGACAAGGAAGAGCAUGUUCACCACCCUCAAAAAGUAAAGGAGAAGCACAAUAAAAGCAAGAAACAUGAUGAUGACGAUGGCGAUGAUGAUGAUCACAAGAAGCAUCACUCCCAUAACUCGAAGAAGAAGCAACAUGACGAAGAAGAUGAGGACAAGGAUGAGGAUAAGGAACCCAAGCUCAUCUUCCACACAGACGAGUACAAGAAGGCCAAGAAGGAGGCCGAGGACAAAUUCCCAUGGCUCAAAGAUGAUGCGUCAGAGACUCCCAAGUCCAAUCACAGGCACAAAUUGAUAAAGGAUGCCAGGAAGAAAUACAAUUCCGCCGAGCAUGUUGAGUUGGAGACCCCUAAGCGCUACAACAAGGACAAAGAUGAAGACAAUCAGCUUAAGGAAGCCAAGCAGAAACUGCCUUCCUUCAUCAAGAAUGUUGUGCUGGAGACCCCCAAGCGCUACAAAGAGCUCAAGAAUAAAGAGAACCAGGUCAAGGAAGGCAAGAAAAAGGAGACCAACUCGAAGGAUGGCAAAAUGUACAAGAUGAUUCAUCGAGGUGGAAUGGUCGUCAAGCGCGAUAUUGACAUCAACAUUCACGCUCCAACCUUCGAGAUUUAUCAUGAUUCUGACAAGAAGCAUGAACAUGGCGACGCGGGACUCAUCAAAAUCUUUCACGUGAGCUCACAAGAGUCGACUCACGGGACCAAGGAUCCCGAGUAUAAGCAUGAUGAUGAGCAGAAACACAAGGAGUCAACAAAGGAGCACCAUUCCCUUCCCAAGUCUCACCAUAAGCAUACCGGGUCUAAGAACUAUGACAUUCACGACAAGGAUCACUUUGGAGGUGCAAAGAAGUAUCCCCAGUCAAGCAAAGGUCACAAUCAGACUCAAAGGCACCACCCCACUCCUGUUGUAGAAGUGACCAAGAAGAUUCUCCAACUGCUCGCCCCGCUUAUGAAGAAGGAAACUGGCCGUCCUGACUCUUCCAAACAGCCAUCCCAACAGUAUAAAUAUUAUCCUUCUCAUGCUUCCUCUGAUAAGGGCCGCCCUAGCCCUCAUGGCAAUCGCUAUCCCAACUACAAGGAACCCUAUUCGCCAAAGGACACUCACCAUGACGAUAAGUCUAAGAAUGGGCACAAGAAGUCUGAUCAAGCAGAGGAUAGGCGAAUUGGUGAAAAGCUGAAGAAUAAUGCACUGCGAGUAAUCAUUGAAUCCCUCGCCGAGCUUCUUGCCAAGAAGGCAAUAGCCCAUAAACACAGCCCCAAGAAAACUCACCCAUCCCAAGAUGAUCAUGACAGGCACUAUGAGUCCAAGAAAGAGCACCAUUCUCAUCAAAGGCCUUCCCAUCGAUACAAAGAGCAUGCCGAGUACAAGCAUGAUGACAGCAAGAAACAUGUCAAGCUGAGCCAAGACAGUUCCUCUCACUAUGAGCCUGGCUAUAAGCAUGAGGAGUUGGACUCACAUCACAAUGGAAGGAAGAACGACUAUGAUCAUGACCAUGACCAUGAGGACUCCAAGAAGGGUCGGUACUCGCACAACAAGCCUAUUUCUCAGUACAAGAAGAAAAUCGACUACAAGCAUGAUGAUGAGGAGAAGCAUAUCAAAGUGAGCAAGGAUCAUGUCUCACAGCACGAGCCAACCCAUCAUGAUGAGAAGCCGGAUCAUCAUCAUUAUCAUCAUGGAAAGGAUCAUGAGCGUCCUAAGAGGCCCGGGCCUCAUCAUGACCAUCAAGAGGCCGAUUACCAUGGGCACUCCGAGAAAUCAAAGGGCUACUACCCAUACAACAAACCAAAACACCAAAACAAGGAGCAUUCUAAGUACAAGCACGACGAUGAUAACGGCCGUGGUCCGUUUGAUCAGAGAGUGAAGCUGGAUCGUAAACCUAUCGAUCACUACACAAAGUCUAGACAUCAUAAGGACCACGAAGAUGAAACGAAGGCAUACAAAGAUCACCUGUCUCAUCUUGAGACUCACACCAAAAGAUCAAGUAACAUGGCACCUAAGCUCAACACCACUCAAAUCCUCAACCUGGAAGCGCUUUCGCCGCAGGACCGAAAGAGAAUCGCAAUGGGCCUGCCUCUUGAUCGGCAGACCAGAAAGGAGUUCGGCGAGUUCAAGGAUUGCAGCCCCAAGCUGAUUGCCAAGCUCAAUGUCAUGUAUGCCCGUAUCCUCGAUGAUCCCAAAUACGCACCCUUCAUCAAGUACCUCAACACAGAACGCGAGUUUCGCAACAGAAAGAGAUGUAGUUUCAAGCUCACCCCAGCGAUCAUCGCAAGGAUCGAGGCUAUGGAUCCCGCGACUCGUGCCCUUGCUGCAGACGAACUCGAUUUUGACCCGGAACUUAAGAAAGAGUUUGUGGAUGCCAGAAAGCUGUACCCAAGCCUUAUCAAGAAGCUUGAGAAGUGGGUUAUGCGUAAUGGGAUGAAACCUAAAUACAAGAAGAUCUUCGACAAGCUCCUGUCUCGUGAGAAGCGAGCAAUCUCAAAAUCUGUGCUUACUCCAGAGAUGCUCGCAAAGAUCGAGGCUAUGGACCCUAUGUUACGUGCCGUGGCUGCAGACAAACUCGAUUUUGACCCGAAACUUAAGAAAGAGUUUGUGAAUGCCGGAAAGCUCUACCCCGGCCUUGUCAAGAAGCUUGAGAAGGAGUAUGAGCGUAUUGCGGGGAACCCCAAAUACAAGAAGAUCCUCGAGAAGCUCAAGUCCCGUAGGAAGCGAGCAGCCCCGACCCCACCCAUUCCCAAGAUCCCAAAUGAGAUGCUGAAGAGAAUCGAAGCCAUGGAUCCAAUCCUACGCCGCAUAUUCGCAGAGAGAUUCGAUCUUCCCGCGAAACUCACAGAUGAGUUUGUAGACUGCGGAAAGCUCGACCAACAGAUGAUCCACAAACUCAACUGGGAGUAUGCCCGCAUUCAUAAGAAUCCCAAAUUCAAGAAGAUCCUUCAAGAUUUCAACAUCAAUUUCAAGCAAUCUGAGGGCCACGAGAAUACCGAGGACGAGCUCAAGCCCCUGACAGAAGAUGAGAAGAAGGGGGAGGCCAAGCUCAAGAAGCAGGAGUUGAAGGAAAUGGAGGCCAGUCAGCCGAAAAGGCUCACUGCAAUCGAGCUGGAGUACAUCGGGCGUCUGCCUAAAGUCCUGCGCGCCAAACUAGCCAAGAAGAUGGAUAUGCCAAAGGAUUUACGAAAAUGGUUCACCAAGAAGCAAAGCUAUACAGGUGAAAAUCUGGAGCGACUGAACGAGGUGUGGCUCCGAAUUCAACAAGACCCUGAAUAUGCAGACGUUGUCAAGAAGGUCCAGUCGUUGUAUUACACGAGAGACGGUCCAAUAGACACCAAAUACUGGAAGAACCUAAGGAAGCAAGUCGAGGAGGCAGCCAAAGCCAAAGACAGUGCGAGAGCCGAGACGCCGAGGGAAGACAAGAUACGGACACGAUCUGUACACCAGCUUACCGAGAAGGAACUGGAACGUUUGCUUAAGUUGGACAAAUACGAGCGCCAGGCCCUGGCGAGAAAGGUUGGGCUAGAACAGUCACUCGCCCGUGAGUUCAUCAACGCAUCUAAACCGAGCACUGAAUUCCUCGAGAAACUCAACGAGGCUGUCUCCAAGAGUGUCGGUACUCCUCAAUACCGAGAACUUCUCAAGCUUGUUGGUAAGAAACCCCCCAAACCCAAAGAGGAAAAGCUAAAGCUGGAGUCCAUCAAGAAGGACGUGCGUUUGGAAAUCGCCAAGAGCUUAGAGUUCGACGACUUCACCAGGGAUGAGUUUUUGGAGGCUAAGGCGCUGGAGGGCAGACUCUUGGACAAGGUCGCGAAGUUUUGGGGGGUCAAGAGAAUGAAGAACGCAGAGCAGGGAAAGGAUGACAUCAAGCACACUGAGAUUAUAAGCAAACUUCUCGAGUCCGCCCUGGACAAGACGGGCCAACAAGGUGGUGGUCUCCAGAGUAAGAGCACAGAUGGGAAGAAGCUCACCGAGGCUGAGCAGAAAAUGAAGGACAAGAUCGAAAAGACAAAAGCGAACGGCUGGUGCGAUGAGUUCGUCAACGAGCUUGGGGACACUUUGGGUCCCGAGGAGAAGAAGGAGAAGAAAGAGGGAAACUGA